CAUAUAAUCUCCAAGGGCUUUUGAUGACUGAAAUCUUGGAAUCAGUAGGAGGUACCUUUUCUAUUUCUCUAUUUUGCCAGUAUGUCAUUACUUUCAUCUCACAUAUUCCUUCCCUUCCAGGGGCUAAAGACAUGUGGAGAGCCUACUCUGACAUGAGAGAAGCCAAUUACAAGGGUGCAGACAAAUACUUCCACGCCCGGGGAAACUAUGACGCUGCACGAAGGGGACCUGGGGGCGCCUGGGCUGCCAGAGUGAUCAGUGAUGCCAGAGAGGGUAUUCAGAGACUCAGUGGUCACGGAGCAGCGGACUCAAGAGCUGACCAGGCUGCCAACAGAUGGGGCCGGAGUGGCAAAGACCCCAAUCAUUUCAGACCUGCUGGCCUGCCCAAAAAGUACUGAGCUUCCUCCUCACUCUGCUCUCAGGAGAUGGGGCUGCGAGCCCAGAGUCAUUGAGUUGUAUAUCCCCAGAUGCUGAUAGAGGACAUAUAAUAGCUGUCUAAUAAAUGCUUAAGCAAUGGAAUGUUAAAAA